GCAACUGCAUUGGCUGGAUGGUCUUGGAGGACGCGCAAGGUCCAAAAGUUGAUUCCACCAACUUGCUGGGUCCAGAUGUGGCAAAGAUUGGGAGUGAUGCCGCGCAGCAGACUUUGAAAGGCGCGCAUUCAGGCAUAGCUUCCGGCUGUGUCCCAUGGAAGGUUGGCGGGUCGUAUCGCACUUUGCAUGAGCAGCCUUUGCUAGAGCAGCCGGUGCUGGAACGACCAAACCAAAAGCAGUCGCCGCUGGAGACAGUUCCAAGCGGUUCACUUGUGCGACUUGCACAAAUCAACAAACUGGCGGACGAUCCUGAGAAGUCGGAGCGAAAGCUUUGGUUGAUGGUUCGCGUGGUCGAUGGCAAAAAGUCAGGAAGCUCUGGAUGGCUCAGAUCGGUGCAAGGAAACGAGUGUUUGAUUGACACGAGACCGCAGUGGGAGGAGGAAAAGCUGAUUAUUGAAGAGCUGCUGGCAGCCUAUAACUCUCCGAUUUCAGCACUGCGGCUACCAAAAAUUGGAAAGGCCGAUGGAGUCCAGGAGAUAGGAAACCCUCUUGAAGACCAGCCGAUACAAGAACUUGACAGUCAACUUGACAAUCACGAUCGUGAAAUCGCUUGUGGACUAUGCAUGUGUCGACUUCUUCCUUUCGGAAGGUUGCACCCAGCUGUUCUCCAGGAACAUGCCCAUUCCCUGCCAACUGCACCAGCGGAUUCGCAAGCACUCACGACCGAAGAGUUUCACCGCUGGCUGACGAACAUCUACACACGCUUCAACCCAAGCUUGCUGCCGAAGGUUCCAGAGUUCAUGCAGAAGUACAGAGGCAGAGAGCCUGAGCUCGUGGAAAGCAUCUGUAGUAAAUAUCGUGUAGCUGUGCCUCCUGGGUGGUGCAAGCUGGACUAA